AUGUCGGAUACUAGCAUUCAGGCUGCACCAGGGCCCGCACCCAGACCUACAGGUGUUGCAUUAGAUAGUGACAAAGACGAGAAGUACACAUUUAGUACAGACGGAAUAAAAUUCGUAAGCAGUGAGAUAAUAGAUUCAACAAAGGCAGUACACAGUAGAGAUGGAGACAGCACUGAUGGCACCCACAACCACAUCAUCCACACGCUUACGGAUUCAAAUGGGAAUGAAGAUACAAGUACAAGUAACACGGUGGAUAUGGACAGUGAUAAACAAUUAGAGAGCACUACACACGCUGAAAACGAUACCAUAACUGAUACAAAUAAUACACAUUUAGACUCUGAGGCAGACACAGUAUACGCUCCUACCCAAACACAGCACAAUGAUGAGAUAAGCGAAAGUGUAGAGGCAGAUAGUCAUCAAUUAGGGGACGAAGAUACAAACAUAGAUCAGAUUGAAAAUACUUCACAGAAUACACUAGAUACACUCUCAGAGACACGUGAAGCCUUCGGCGGAGACACAUCCACUGAUCAACCAGUUAGUGCUACACACAAUACACAAGAUGUAUCACCGUCAGAGCCACACGAGGCCAUCGCACAUGGUACUACAGAGCCUAGUGGCUUAAAGACGUAUAUGGAGGCUUUGGAAGCGAGUGGUAGUAUCAGUGCACUUACAAGCAGUCAUCCGGAUACUAUUGUUGACAGUGGUACGACUCGUGCGGAUAGUAUAUCAGUAUACUCUGGAGAGGGUGAGGACACUGAGCUUGUGGCUGACAAUGCAAAGUCUUCGAAGUUAGUUCUGAGUUCGAGUGCGAGCCAAAUGGACUCAAGUGCUGCGACGGCAGCAGGCAAUCCCAUGUUGCGAACGGCCAAAAGUCUAUACACUAUGACUGUCAGGAGCAUAGAUACAACUGUUGGUAAGUUAUUGUGA